GCCUAUUUCGGCCUGACUGGAAAAGAAGCCCUGACCCACUUCCCCUCCCUAGGAACCUCUACAAACUCUGCCCAGGGGAAGGCUCACAUGAAGCAGUGUGACUUGCUCAAACUGUCCCGUAAGCAGAAGAGGUUGUGUCGGAGGGAGCCCGGCUUGGCGGAGACGUUGCGCGAUGCCAUCCGCCUUGGGAUCAUGGAGUGCCAGUUCCAGUUUCGCAGUGAGCGCUGGAACUGCAGCCUGGAGGGACGGACCAGUCUGCUGAAGCGAGGUUUUAAGGAAACAGCCUUCCUAUAUGCAGUGUCUUCUGCAGCUCUCACCCACUCCUUGGCCAGAGCGUGCAGCGCGGGUCGCAUGGAGCGCUGCACCUGUGAUGAUUCCCCAGACCUGGAGAACCGCAAAGCCUGGCAAUGGGGUGUGUGUGGGGACAACCUCAAAUACAGCACCAAGUUCCUGAAAAAGUUCUUGGGUCAGAAAAGGAUUGGCAAAGAUCUGCGGGCCAAGGUGGACAUCCACAACACCAAUGUGGGCAUCAAGGCUGUCAAAAAUGGACUGAAAACCACGUGCAAGUGCCACGGCGUCUCCGGUUCGUGUGCCGUCCGGACUUGCUGGAAGCAGCUUUCACCCUUCCAUGAGGUUGGACGACUGCUGAAGCUGCGCUACGAUGAUGCUGUCAAGGUCUUCAGCACCACCAAUGAUGCUGUGGGACACUCAGAGCUGGCCAGCCCGCAGAGACACAGCCAUUCCACCAAGCACCAUGCUUCGCCCCGCGCCACCGACUUGGUGUAUGUGGAGGAUUCGCCCAGUUUCUGCCGUCCCAGCAAAUACUCCCUGGGAACUGCUGGGAGAACGUGCUCUCGGGAGGGCAACUGUGACAGCAUGUGUUGUGGACGAGGCUACAACACCCAGAGCCGCCUCGUUACCUUUUCUUGCCACUGUCAGGUGCAGUGGUGCUGCUAUGUUGAGUGCCAACAGUGCAUGCAGGAAGAAGUGGUCUACAGUUGCAAGCAGUAA